CCUCCUCCUCAUACUCAUCAUCCAUCUCCUUGACACCGUUCGUCCGCGUGAGUCUCCUGUCACGAGCGACACGGUUGCAAUUCUCGAAUCCUCGUACGGACACCCGCGCAGCCUGCUGCCAUAGGUCUUGGUCUUAGCUCCCGGGAGGUUAUCAGCUAUCGAGUCCCAGAGCUCGCUCGUGACUCCAUCUGCUCGGCCUUCAACGGCCACGAGACUAGCCAUCACCACGCUGCCGCGCCUCCUGCCUUCUCUUGGACCAGCUGCCUUACCUCCUAGUCUCAACACAACGAGUCUGCUGCUGCUGCUGCUCUUGAGCGUCUCGCUGCGUCUCGAGUGCACAGCGCGUGUUCUCUGCACUGAACUGCACUGCACUGCACUGCCCUGCCCUGCCCUGUCCUGCACUGCACCAGGCUGCUGGCCCGCUCGUGUGCUUCUGUGCUCAUGCUCCAGUGGUGACCAUGAUGGCCUCCUCUCUGAACUAGACGCAGUCCAGCGCGCCACGCUCCCGGGCUCCUACCCACACCUCCAGGCAGCAUCGGGCGACCCCCAACGGCCCUCAAGGCUGCCGUGAAUAUGGGGCGGUCUGCUAGCAUCACUGCGACCACUGUACCAUUGUAGCUGCCCACCUUCGAACUCUCCUACAACAUACCAGCUAUAGAACAAACCAUACUACUAGACCAGUCGAGGACGGCGACGGCCCACCAUGCACCAGUUUCCCCGACCCUCGCCCCGCAGCGCCUCUGCUGCGAGCAAUCCCACAACGAAUCCUGAGCGGACGAACAACUCAAGAGAUCGACCGCCCCAACGAACACGGUCGAGUGUAGAUCUGGCUUCGUACACCGAGAGGGCCUUGGCCGAGACAGGUCAAGAGUCGAGCCGUGACAGUGCGGCAGGGAGCCAGGACAGAGAGGCUACCAAGCUGAACCAGAUUAUACAGCAUUUUCACUCCAAAGCGGCUCUGACGAUAUGCUCUGCGCGCGCAAACUUGCCAAGCAUCACAAACCAAGCUGGUGACACCAAACAGAAUCGAUGGUUCAAUGUUAUACUAGACGAGACAGAUGUCCUGCUCGAGGAUCUCUCGCCCUGGCGACGACCAGACCUCUCUGAAAAGCGGCCUGGGCCACUCGUGAUAGAGGUAUACGUCGAUACGUCGCACCUAUCGCACAGCCAAGCACUGGUUGUCAUCGACGAUGCGGGCAAGCGUUGGGACGUUGCAGAUGCGUUAGGAUCCUCCGCAGAUUCCAGCCCCCGUCACAACCGUAAUGGUGGACGCUUGUUCGAGGUCGUGCUCGAACGCUGGACUAUCGAUCUGGGAGAUGCUGACGGCUAUUCGGUCUCCGAGCUCAAUGAUGCAUUGCCAAAUGUGUAUAAGAAAGGUGUCGUGGUCUUCAGAUCUCUGUACAGCUACUCUCGUCUCUUGCCCGCAUGGAAACUGCAUCGGAAAUUGACCAGACAGCCUGGUGCCCACCAGGCAUUGAGGCUGAGAUUCCGUAUCAAAGAAGGAUGUGCUCCUUCUCAGUUACGUUCAGACAGCCUAUAUACUCCGCUCUGUCCAUCUGAGCAGGACGCGGACUCUCUGGUCGAGCGGUACACCAUACCGCCACUCCUGUGCCGAAGUGGACCACUCUCAAUCUGUGUAGAAUAUCGCACUAGCUGUGAUUUCAAUGUUGCAGACUCUGAGGCGCUACUGAGCUCGCGAUUCCUUGGACUGGACGAAGGACUUCCAACGGCUGUAGGGCAUGGAAGAUCGCUCCCUGGUCGACGUAGUGAGCAGUCGCGCGUGCAGUAUAGUAGUCUGGCAGGAGGUGCAAGCAGUCAAAGACCUCGCGUUGGCGCCUACGGCAGUCUUGGCACCUUCCACUCCACAGGUAAACGAGCUUCCCCCGUGACGGAGCUCAGACAACGUGCAUUGGACGACGAGAUGGAAGAUCACAUGAAGCGGCCCACAAGCAGCAGGGGAGGAGGAAGUGGUGUUGGUGGUGGUGUUGGUGGUGGAGGAGGUGGUGGUGGAGGAGGAGGAGGAGGAGGAGCUGGCAGUUAUGGCAGAGGAACGCCGAUCAACUUCGUCAGCAACCCGCCUUUCAAGUCUGGCUCACUCGCCUCUUCGCCAAAGGCCUCGCCCAGCAGCUCAUUUGGCAGAUCGGACGGCAACUCGCUCCCAAGAAGGCUGGGGACGUCCUCGUCUGAUAGACGCGUAUCAUUGAACACGCUGCCUCAACAAGCACUUCGGGCACCACCGAUUGCAAGCGAAACAGCAAUCGCCUCCUCCGGCUCUUCCUCGCCGAAGCCAGCGGCACCAGUCCACAGAUACAGUAGCAGUUUUGCGAAUCGCAACAAGCGCUUCGUGCCGCAAAGCGGUAGUAACAAAACCGUGGAGAGCAACGCUAGCUCAGAACGGGGAAGCAGCUCUUCCAAGGACCGCUCCGGACAGCUUACGAAGGACUCUCCGGGCUCUUCUGGAAGCGGUCAGAAGCCUGAGCAUGAGGAGAUUGGUGACUUCCUCAAUCAGCUACAAGCGGCGAGCAUCAGGCCAGUCUCACGCGGCACCACAAUCAACCUCUCCCAAUACAGCGGAAAACAGGGUGGACAGGAAGAGCUGGACGAGAAAAUGAGUGCAAGUUUCUUGGUCCAGCACGGCAGCACACCGCCUAGCCGGAGGUUGAGCAAUGUGCCUGGUCUCUCGACGAGCUCCAGUCCUUCGCGUGCACUGGCUGGCGGUGCACACGCACCGUUUGUACGGUCGCGACUGAGCACGCACAGCAUCGCGGAGGAAGUCACUGGCGCUGGAUCUGGCGGCCUGUCUGGGUCCGACAGUCCGAAGAUAUACGAGGAGGACGAAGAAGACGAAGAGCCCUUCAUCUUUCCGCAGGACAAUCUCGAUCACUGAACAUGGGAGGCUCGGUCAUCCAUUCAGCAAGGUGUUUCCAUGCAUUGGUUCGGCGGGAAUCGGCUAAUUCUGGCGACGGCGGAGUAUAACGCAUUCAGACUUUAAGCAAAGGGUGCAAAGGGUAUACAGGUGUAUGUCGCAUGGCGUGCCUAUGAAAUGCAAAGAGCAUGUAUUGAGUGCCUAAUAAUCA